AUGGUCAUUCCAAAAAUGGCAAAUCGUCGAGCAACUAAAAGAAUCUUGAAACCGGUUAUAGAGAAGAAACGGAGAGACCGGAUUAACCAGCGUUUAGAUGAGCUGCGAAAGCUUCUCCUGGAUAACACUCUAGACACGCGACUCCAAAACCCUAAACUGGAGAAGGCUGAAAUUCUGGAAUUAACUGUCGAGUACAUCAAGAAAAAAGCGAAAGAUGCGCGGGAAAGUCAAGGAGAUUCUAACAAGAACUCAGACCGACAUGAUGCUAACACUCCUACUCUGCUCUCUGGAAGACCCCAUGUACCAUUUGCUUCAUUCCAUGAGCCUGUCAAUGCCCAGAAACAGAUACCCUCAAAUCCAAUCUACAAAGCUGGAUUUAAGGAGUGCGUCUCUCGCCUGGCCAGCUUCAUCGAGUGUGUAGAGGCUUCUCAGCGGGAUGGCUUCAUUCAGGGUCUGUGCCAUCACCUUGACUCUUACAGCAGUGCUCUUCCCCAGGCCAGGAUUCCUGCUCAGACUGCUCACCAUACUUGGAUCCCAAGUGCAGAGUUGACAUGCAGGCUGGACUUGCCUGCAAUGGGACCCACAAGAGCCAACAACGAGUCUUUUUCCUACACUAGUUUGUAUCCCAAUUCUUUUAUGCUCCACCACCCUCAUCCCACAGGACAGUCCAUGACACACCCCUACCUCUCUCCACCAUACUCCAACUCUCCUCCACCCUCUCCUUGUUACUCAAGCAGCACUCCCCCUUUCUCCAGCUCUCCCACUUACCUCUCUGUACCCUGCCACUUCCAUUUCCCUCCAACCAUCUCCCCGCUCUCCACUGACUCUUCAUCGUCAUCAUCCUCUCUCAGCAUCUCACCUCCUGCAGCGGCAGUAGUUCCUGGACCCCAUCUUCAGGCCUCCUUUGGCUCACCCAAACACGUGCUACCCACAGGCUCAGUGCCGCCCUGCCAACCACGGACUCUGAGACGAUCUCUGUUCCAGAACCAGACACAUUCUGUCUGGAGGCCCUGGUGA